UCAGCCACCUCGGUAGCGUGCUAACCAACAUAAAACUACAACAUUGAAGUGCUUUAGGCCAUUUUUGUUCAUAUUAACCUCGGUGUUUUAAACACACUGAAUGCGUAUUUACUAGUUACCCUAUUUAAUUUACUAUUUACGUGUUUAGCUAAGUAACACUCGGCUAAUUGUAACUAGCUUGCUUGCUAACAUCCUCGACCAUGAGCUCACUAAGCUUCUCCCUCCCUGCUAAAGAAGAGGUGGACCGCUGGACGGAGAAAGAUGUUCUCGUGAAAGAGAAGAAGGAAGAGGAGGCUGUUACAGUGAAAGAGGAGAAGGAAGAGGAGGCUGUCACAGUUAAACAAGAAGUAGAGGGUGAAGCUGUUACAGUGAAGGAAGAGGAGAAAGACGUGAAAGAGGAAGAAUCUUUUAGAGUGAAAGAGGAGGAUGCAGUUUGUGGAAUGAAGGAGGAGGGGGAGAUUACUGUCCCAUUGGAGGAGACUGGAGAUCUGAUUAACACCAGAGAAAGACCAGACUCUGAGAAACCAGAGACGUCCAAACCAGCAAGACGACACCACUGCUCCCAGUGUGGAAUGAUUUUUAACCAGUUAAGGUGUCUGAAACGACAUGAGAGAAUACACACAGGGGAGAAGCCUUUCCAAUGCUUCCAGUGUGGAAAGUGUUAUUCCUUGUUAGCGAGCAUGAAAAGACAUGAGAGGAUACACACAGGAGAGAAGCCUCAUCACUGCUCCCAGUGUGGAAAGAGUUUUUUCUCAUCAGGGUGCCUGAAAAGACAUGAGAUGAUACACACAGGGGAAAAACCUCAUCACUGCUCCCAGUGUGGAAAGCGUUUUAACCGGAAAGAAUACCUGAAAGAGCAUGAGAGAAUACACACAGGAGAGAAGCGAGAUAAAUCUUUCCAAUGCUCUAAGUGUGGAAAUAAUUUUUCCUUGUUAGCGAGCCUGAAAAUACAUGAUAGAAUACACACAGGGGAGAAGCCUCAUCAUUGCUCCCAGUGUGGAAAGAGUUUUAAGCUGAAAGGACAAUUGAAACAGCAUGAGAUAAUCCACACAGGGGAGAAGCCGUACCACUGCUCCCAAUGUGAAAAGAGUUUUUCCUGGUUGGGUCACAUGAGAAGACAUAAGAGAGUACACACAGGAGAUAAGGAUGUAGGCUGCUGAACAGUAGGACAUAGAACAGACAGUCGUGAAGAGGGCACGAGAAAGCCUAUUCCCCCUCAGGAGACUGAAAAGUUUUGACAUGAGUCCUCAGAUCCUCAAAAGGUUCGACAGCUGCACCAUCGAGAGCAUCCUAACUGGUUGAAUCACUGCCUGGUAUGGCAACUGCUCGGCCUCCGAC